UUGUGUGCGUGUGUGUGACUUUGACAGCUGUGUUUUGAUUUUCUAAUUAUUUUUCAUUACUUUGUCUGGUUAGGAAAAACCACUUCUAACCAAUUUUUUAUAGCAGAUUUGAGUUUUUUUUUUCUUAUCAUCACGUUCAAUUGCUUCCCGAGACAGCGUAUUAAAUCUCAAAAUGUCUGCAAAACUUUAUUAGCUUUAGCUUCGUACGGCAAGCACAACAACAACAAAAAGAUUUUGUGACUUAAUUGAGAUGUUCGGCUCGGAUCCUAGUGAAUAUGUCCUCAAAUCUGAAUUGGCUGUCUGCUGUAAUGGCAUUGGAACUGUUUAUUUGGCCAAGCACAGACCGUCAAAUGAAUUCAUUACAAUCAAAAAGUUUAAAAUGGAUCGGGCAAAAUUAGAAGAAAACAGUCUCAUACGAGAUGAAAUACUAACUAUGCGACAACUGUGCCAUCCAAACAUUUUAUCGUUUCACUCAACAUUCGUAAAUAGUUUCGAAGUUUUCGUGGUGGCUCCGUUGAUGUGCUUUUGUAGCUGCAGAGAUGCAAUGAAUAACUUAUUUACCACAGGUUUUCCCGAACACAUAGUUUGCCUCAUUCUAAGAGACGUUCUUCUUGGCCUUGACUACCUUCACAAGAAAGGUUUCAUUCACCGAUCAAUCCGUGCCAGCCACAUACUUCUUAAUCGAAAUAAAGCCGUACUGUGCGGCUUUCGUGAAUGCAGCUGCUUGGUAUCACACGGUGAACGGGUGGCCACUUUGCACAAUCUUCCACCAUCAUCAGUCAAGAGUCUAAAUUGGCUUGCACCGGAAGUGCUGGAACAAAAUCUGUUAGGAUAUACCGAACAAUCGGACAUUUAUAGCUUGGGAAUUGCCACUUGUGAAUUGGCCAACGGUUUGGAACCAUUUUCGGAUAUGGCAACGACAUUUAUGCUUGUCGAGAAGAUACGCGGACAUCAACCGGCUCUAUUGGAUUGCUCCACUUGCCCGCCACCGACCGGUGGUGAUUCGGGCGUUGGAGAUAGCAUUGCCGAAACCAGACAGAUCUAUGGCAUGAGAAAGUUUUCCGAUAACUUUCAUAAUUUUGCUGAGAUGUGCAUGCAGCGGCAUCCGAUCGAUCGUCCAACAGUGGCGCAAUUACAAAAUCAUGUGUUUUUUAAGCAGAUCAAACAUAUGACACUAUUCGAACAAUUGUUGGCGUCGGGCAUUGAUACAUUGGACUGUACUAAAAUUAAGGAUGAAAACAUUGGUCUGUCUUGCGACUUUGGUGAUAUGAACAUUGAUGGCACAUUUGAAUGGGACUUUUGAUCAUCAUUUACAACGCACAGAAGGUUCGCGCUUGUUAUAUUUUUGACUGUAAAACUGCGACUAGGAUUAAACGCCGCGUUUCUCACCAAUAAACUAUCGAAAUUUAAAUUCAA